AGGAAGUGUGAGGAGUUCCCUUCAGCCUGUCACCAGUCUCCUCAGGCCUUCGGAGUGGCGGCCCUUGGGCCCGCUGCAGCCAUGGAGCCUCUGGAGACCCCCGUCAAGGAUGGCAUCCUCUACCAGCAGCACAUCAAGUUUGGCAAGGUUGGGACUCUGGCUGCCCAGGAUAAUUGAUGAGCCUCCACCCAGCCUCAGCCCACCUGGACCGGGGAGAAUGAAGUCCUGGCGAAAGGUGUGGGGUCUGCUGUAUGCAGGGGGCCCAUCAGGCGUGGCACGGCUGGAGAGCUGGGAAGUCCGGGAUGGUGGCCUGGGGCCAGCUGGUGAUCGGUCUGCAGGUCCUAGCCGAAGAGGAGAGCGGCGAGUCAUCCGCCUGGCUGACUGUGUGUCAGUGCUGCCAGCUGACGGUGAGAACUGCCCCCGGGACACUGGUGCCUUCCUGCUCACCACCACUGAGCGAAGCCACCUGCUGGCCGCACAGCACCGCCAGGCAUGGAUGGGCCCCAUCUGCCAGCUGGCCUUCCCGGGCACAGGAGAAUGUUCCUCUGGAUCAGGGGAGGUGGAGGCUCCCAAGCGGGGCCUGGUCCCCAUGGAAGAGAACUCCAUCUACUCUUCCUGGCAGGAAGUGGGCAAAUUUCCAGUGGUGGUACAGAGGACAGAGGCAGCUGCCCGCUGCCAGCUGAAGGGACCCUACAUCCUGCUGCUGGGCCAAGACACCAUCCAGCUGAGUGAGCCAGCCAGUCUGAAGGCCCUCUACACCUGGCCCUACCACUUCCUGCGCAAGUUUGGUUCUGACAAGGACGUGUUCUCCUUUGAAGCUGGCCGCCGUUGUGACUCAGGUGAGGGCCUCUUCGCCUUCAAAAGCCCCCGAGCUCCAGACUUGUGCAGGGUUGUGGCUGCUGCCAUCACCCGCCAGCGGGAGCGGCUGCCUCAGCUGGGGGGGCCCCGGCCCUGCCCCCUGCCCCGGGCCACCUCCCUGCCCUCACUUGAGCCUCCUGGAGAGCUUCGGGAGUUGCCCCCUGGGCCUGAGCCUUCAGGCUCCCAUAGGGCACACCUGCCCGAGCCUGGGCCACAGAGCCUGCCUCCGCUGCCUGUGGAGCCUGGGCUGUAUGCUGCUGUGUGCAAGCCGGCCAGCGGUCCCCUGCGCACAGCUGAGCACCUCUAUGAGAAUCUGUGUGCGCUAGAAGCUGGCCCCAUACAACCUGACCUGGGGGGCCCUAUGCAGGAGGGCCCUAGAGGCUGCAGUCCCCCAGCCAGCCCCAUCUACCACAACAGCGAGGACCUGGGCUGGCCUGGCCCAGCCCAUGACAGUAACCUGGAGGCCCAGUACCGGCGGCUGCUGGAGCUGGAGCUUGGUGACAGUGGCAAUGAGGCUGGGGUCUCUGGCCACCCUGGUGCCCAUACAAGCUUCAAGGCCAAGUUGGUGACACUGCUGAGCCGAGAGCGGAAGAAGGGCCCAGCCCCCUGCGACCGGCCCUGAAUGCCUGAUGUGGCCUGGCAUGGGACAAGAGGGUGGGCAAACAAUGGACAUCUGGGGACACAGCUCUGUACCCACUCUGGCCUUUGGGGCCAAGGCAGGUGGCCUGAGGAGGCCCCUCAAGAGCGUUGCCAGCCCCCCAGUGUAUAGGGUACAAGUCUCUGACAAUAAAGCCUCUAGCUCCCCUCUUGGUCCUGCCUUGUGGUC